AUGUCGUUCAACUACGAAGACCACAAGAAAGCCAUUGCCGCCAACAUCAAGGCGCUCAAUCCCACCAUGGCGGAGUCCUACGAGGUCAAGCCGACUAUCAAUGCCUCGCUGGUGUUGUUUGCCAAGACGAUGCUUGAAUUCGACUGGAAACACCCUCAGCAACGCAAACUGAACGCUGAGUCUGAAACGCCUGUUGGUAACCCUGAUAAAGACAAUUAUGGCAUUAGUGAAGCCGACUUGCCUCUGCCUCAGACCUACCUUAAGGAUUACCCCAAUACCAUCUUCAGGCCCGGAGCCAAAGUGAUGGACUUCGCCGCGGGCACGGGUCUCGUCACGACGAAAUUAGUGCCGUACUUGCCUGGUUCGGAGAUUGUUGGUGUUGACAUCAACCCCGCCUUCUUGGCCAAGUUUGAGGCCAAGGAGAAGGCGUUGCGGGAACAAGGGGUGAACAUCUCCCACGUGGAGGUGGACAUCAUGGACCCUUCAAAGAAGGAAGAGCUCGACGCUAAGUUCAAGCGCCAGUUCGACAUUAUCUUCUGUACCUUAUCCUACCACCACAUCGAUAACUAUGAAGACGUUACUGUUCGUUUGUGUGAGUUUUUAGCUCCGGGGGGUGAAUUGAUCAUCAUUGAUUUCUACAAUGAAGAUCUUGAGAAUGUCGACGUCGAGCGGUUGAAUGCUGACGAGUCGUUUGCUGUACGUCACAUGGGUGGUCUUAAGAAGGAAGUCUUGCACCUGGUGUUGCAGGACAAGUGUGGCUUGACGAACGUGUCGGUGGCCCGUGAAUUCAGAUUCCGUAUGUGGAAUGAAGCGAAGUUUAUCAAUGGUCACUGCGAUAAGCAAACUAUUGACGACUUAAAUGCAGGCAAGUUACCCACUAAGCAAGAUCCCGUCGACGGGACCGUGUACUUGAUCGACUCGUCGAUCGUCAUGGCUAUCGGGCAACAACCCAAGUGA